GAUGUUCACCGUCCUCGCUCUAUAUCACCCUUUGCACAAUGCAACUGGAGAGAAGUAAUCAUGAAAUGUCAAGUAUGGCUUUAAUUUCCUACCCACAGUCAUGAGGGAGGAAUCCGAUGUUGUUCCACGUACCCAGGAGACUUUUUCACGAUGAGAACUUAUUGCAAGAUCUUGGUGAUCGUCUUAUGCUUUGGAGUUUUACUACUUUUGUACUUUUUGGUGGGGAAUGGUGCGGAUGAGCCUCAUUUGAAAGAAGUUAGGAAGGAUAACUACUUCCCAGCUUUCCCCGGACUUGGAAACCAGGUUUCUGUGAGGUUGACAAAAAAAGCUGAUGAAGUGCUUCCAGUCUCAGAAAAGCAGCUGCGCCCGAUCCGAAAGGACGGCAGAGCCGCGAACAGAGCCAGUGAAAAUGGGGGGCUUAGGCAGGCUCCUCGGCCCGUGCGCAGGGGGAAUGCGGCAGAAGAGUGGAUGCAUUUGGCCGUGGUGGCCUGCGGGGAUCGCCUGGACGAGACACUCACCAUGCUGAAGUCGGCCCUGCUAUUCAGCGUCCGCAGGAUCAAGUUCCACAUCUUCGCCGAGGACGCAUUGGCCUCGCUUUUUGAAAAAGGGCUGAGCCAGUGGCCGCGGCCCAUCUCUGCCAAGUUUCAGUACAGCGUCUACCCCAUCACCUUCUCCGUGGGCAACGCUGAGGAGUGGAAGAAACUAUUCAAGCCAUGUGCUGCACAGAGGCUCUUCUUACCCAUCAUCCUGAAGGAUGUGGACUCGCUGCUCUAUGUGGACACGGACGUCCUCUUCCUGAGGCCCAUGGACGACAUCUGGGGCUUCCUGAAGGAGUUCAACGGCACGCAGCUGGCUGCCAUGGCCCCCGAACACGAGGUCCCCAAGAUCGGCUGGUACAGCCGCUUCGCCCGGCAUCCUUUCUAUGGCGUCACUGGCCUGAACUCGGGUGUCAUGCUGAUGAACCUCACACGCAUACGCGGCACGCUGUUCAGGAACAGCAUGAUGUCUGGAGGUCUGUCCUGGGAGGACCUGCUUCACCCCCUGUACCAGAAGUACAAGAAUCACAUCACGUGGGGUGACCAGGACCUCCUGAACAUCAUCUUUCAUUACAAUCCAGAGUGCCUCUACAUGUUCCCCUGCCAGUGGAACUACCGGCCGGACCAUUGCAUGUACGGCAGCAACUGCAAAGGGGCUGAAGGAGAGGGGGUGUCUAUUCUCCAUGGCAACCGGGGCGUGUACCACGACGACAAGCAGCCUGCCUUCAGGGCUGUAUAUGACGCCAUACACAACUAUCCGUUUGAGGACAAUUUGUUCCAGUCGCUGUUAUACCCACUGCAGAUGAAGUUCCUGGACACGGUGAACACACUCUGCGGCCGCAUACCCCAAGUGUUCCUCAAACAGGUGGAGAAGACGAUGAGGGCUGUGUACGAGCGGAGAGUCAUCCGUCACAUGAGACCGCAGCACCCCUGAUGUCCUGGGAUAAAAGGAGUCUUUUGAGGACAUUCGAGGUUAACGACGGCGAAAAGAAGGAACUUCAACUGCAACUAUCCAAAAAGGAAACAUGGAGAGAGAGAGAGAGAUGCCUGACUGCUGACAAGCUGCUCCUCCUUCUGCUGUUCUCCAGGAUGGGCAGUGAGAUCUCAGCCCUUCAGUGUUGAUGAUACCACACAGUGGGCUGUGGGCGGGGCUUAAUGUCUGUUUUCAGAUACCCUUCCUGAGAAUGUCAAAGAAGUUCUUCCUUGGUUUCGUAGCAGCAGAGGAAACUGGAAAGGAUGCCAGUGAUUAUAGUUUUUUUUUUUACAUUUUAAAUCAAGGCAGUUAUUUAAAAAAGAAAUGUUAAAAAAGUAUGAAGGUGUUGAUUGUUUCAGAACCGGUAUGCUCACCUUCCUGGAGGACGUGUGAUCUGUAGGAUUUUAGCUGCGGUGUGACUCUCUGCGUUAGCUGCAGUGCUGCCUUAUACUCUUUCAGCGCUGACCUUCUUAUGGAUUUGGCUUCUGUUAUUUCAGGCAUCCUCUGAACAUUUAUUCCUUCUGAAAUUUGAGCGAAAAUAUUGACGUUGCGUGACCAAGCGUGUAUUUCGGGCUAAAUAUCCUGAUCCUGAAUCUUAUCAAUCCUUCGUUGAUGGUUCAAGCUCCAAUUCACAGGCCAAAUUAGUGAAGGAGGUAUUAAACACAUGCUUCUAAUUUAUUAGGAGCAGUAUGAAGAACAGGAAGAACAGGAACAGUGAUAUUCGCCCACGUCGCACCUCAUAAAUACUGGAAGGAUUUUAAGGGAUUUCCCACUGAAGGUGUCGCUGGUGUGUUAUGGUGUGUGUACUGAGGAAGGGCUUUCCUGUCAGAAUGCGGCUUAAGGGGACCUACAGCCAGAGUCUCCAGUAACACCGAGGCCUCUUAAGAGAUUUCAGCUGAGGUUCCUCUCCGCCUCGCUGAGGCUAAGAUUAAUGUUGCAACGUUAAUGUCCGCUUGGUGGAACAACUACACUUAUGUUCAAGGUCGGUCGAGCCCAUCAGACGAGAGACUUUUCCUGAGUGCUGGGAUAACGGUCUCGCGUCCUUUGUGCCACAGACCGUCCUCGCGACAGCAAACGUGAGGUUUUCAUCAGCCGACGGGGUGGCUAAAUGCCAAGAGCCGUAUUAAAAUAAACUUAUGAAUGUCCUGCUUCAUUUUUGCCGAGGUUGUGUGAGCACAUGUGUGAGGCAGCCUCAGCAGUAACAGUCUGUGAGAAACCCGCUGUGUUAUUUGUGUGUGAAAUCUUUUGUACAGUCGGAUAACAUUGUGAGAGGGUAACUCACACCUCGUACAUUACGUCCUUUACUAUAUCACUUUCACGGUGGAAGAAAUUGUCACGAGAUGCAGCUAAAAAAAAUAACCAUAAUUUCAUUGCAGUUUCCAUAAAUCAUUUCUCUGAGGAGCUAGAGAAUUGCUGAAACUCCCUCGUCUAUAAUCGCAGUCUUUAGGUCACUUGUGGACACGGAGAUGCCUGCGGUUCCAAAAAGCCGAGAGACGCAGGUCGGCAGCCCAGGGGCUCAGUGCUGGAAAAUGUGUCUCAAAAUUGGCUUUAUUGAAGUAUGUGAUGUUUACUUUCUUAUUUUAAAUAAAGAAAAGCACUUACGGUU